UUAAAUUUUGAGUAGCCAAAACCUGAAAUUAGAUGAGCAGAACUACUAAACUUAAGGAAUAUAAUAAAGCUAACCAGAAUAUGACCAAGAACCAGUCCACAGAUAGCUUUGGAAGGAAGAGAAAGUACUCAAGACCUAAGAGUUGAGUUAAGAAACAUAGAUCGAAAUCUAGGAUGUCGAUAUCUAAGCAUAUUACAAGAAAUGUACUGCCAAGAGCUCAUGAGACGAUUGCGUUGACUUCUAGAUGAACUUCCCCUCAGAUGGCUUUAUCAAGCUCACAAUUUUCCUCUUGCUAUAAAAAUAAGAUGCAGACAAAAGGGCUGGCUCAGAUGGUGGAGUCACUGACCGAAUCUCUUAAACAGAAGCAAAAGAAGUUGUCUAAAACAAGAGAAAAGAGACUGAAAAUAAAAGAUGAAAGAAAUGGCCUCAAGGAUGAAGUUACUCAUCUCAAAUAAAUACGUAAAGCAAUGUAAUAAAAGAGAGAAAGAACUUAAUGAUGACCUUGACAAACAAAGAGAACUAGCUAAGGAAGCCAUACAAACAAUGGAAGAAAUGUACCUCAGGUUUGAGAAGGAAAAAUAGCUAUAUUCAGAUGAAAUGACAAUCCGACUAUGAUCAAAAACUUCAGAGAGAAAAGGAGCGAUUUGACCAAAAGAUCCAUAUCUAUAAGAAAGUUAACUUCAUUGCUAGUAACGAUGCUAAAGAACUCUCCAAAGAUGAAAUUAACAUCGAUGACCCUAAUUCCUCCAUCGAAUACGCAAAAGCAUCCGUAAUGCUAACCAAAGUGUACAAAAUUAACAAAUCCCUCCAGGAAGAAAUCGACCAAUUAAAAGCCCAAAUCCUCACCAAAGACAAAGAACUCAAGUCCAAAACCACCAAAAUCACCCAACAACAUCAAGAACUUUCCUCCCUCCAAACCACCCUCAGCACCGCCCAAGAAACCAUCCACUCCAAAGACCAGGCUCUCACCUCCCUCAACCUAAAACUAGAAUUCCUCGAACAGACCCACUUGGCCAAGGCCAAUUUCUUCACGAACAAAGAGAAGUCUUAUAAGGAGAAGCUAGCCUCGCUUCAGAGUUAUGUAGACCAGAUUGUGGUGCAGGGGGCGCAGAGUCAGGAGAUGUAUGAUGAGAAGAAGCAGAAGUGGAAGAUGAAGGAGAAAAAGUUCAUAAGUGUUAUCAAGUCAAUGAAAGGUAGCGGAGAAUCAGAAUGGCUGAAUAUUUAUAAUAACCUAAUGGAGCAAAUAACUUCUUUGAAAAAGGAUGUAGAUCACUUAAGAGUUGAAAAGGAAAUAUUGACGAAAAGAUCUCAAAUUGAUAGUGGUAGACAAGCUAUGGUUUCGCUUGAAGGAACAAAUUAUAUAUCAGACAAAGAGAAUAUCCCAACAAAUGUCUCGGACUGUGGUUAUGAUUUCACAAAAAUAUAAAUGCUUACAAUUUUAA